AUGAAGCACGAGCUGAUCAACAAUCUGCAAGAACAUCUGCUUCAAUUAGAGCUGUGCAGAGGCAGGUAUCCAAAAAAACGCUCAUCACAAUCAGCAUCACCACAACCAGGUACAUCACAACCAGGUACAUCACAACCAAGUACAUCACAACCAGGUACAUCACAACCAGGUACAUCACGAGUAGCACAAGCUCAAGCAGCAUCUCAAGCAUCUCAAGCAUCACAACUAGUUUCAACAAAAGCAGCUGGUAAGGCAUCAUUGUCUGCAAAGGCAACUGGUAAGCAGCGUGCUCUUGUUUUGUCGUCGCCAAGUGGAAGUACUACUACAAGUUUUACACGAUCCACAUUAGUAAUGACUCCAAGAACAACUGCUACAGCAUCUGCUACAGCAUCUGCAACAGUAGUAAGUGAACAGCCUAAGUAA